GACAGAAUUAAAGGUGAAAAGAAAGUGGUAACGAAAUAUCGAAAAUCCGUUGAAAUAGAUCGUGCUGAUGAAAUCGAAGCUGAAAAAGAAGAAAUAGAUGAGUUGAUAAUUGAGGAACUCAAUCAAACUAAGUCCAAAGAGCCGCAUCAACAAAAAGAAAUAGCUGAUAAAAAUGGAUUUCGAAAGUUUGCCGAAACGAACAUUACUAUUAGGGCAGAGUCGAAUAAAUCUGGAUCAGAAGCAAAAGACAUUCUCAAAGAAAGCACUAAACUGAAUGAUAAACCCGACCAUAGAAACAUAGCUUCGAACGUAGUCAUUAGUUACCCAAAUGAAUCGGAAAAUGCUAAUCAUGAUUAUGACGACGAGAUUUGGUACCCUUGCAACAACGAAAUUCCCAAAGAUUGGCUGGGUGUGAAAAUGCCGAAAAGAAGAUUCUGA